UUUUCAAACAUGAUAAAAUUUUUCAGAAAAUAUGGUUGUCAUGAUUGUAAAAGAGCUGGAACUGGAGAAGGAGAAACAUCUCGACUCUGUCAUCUAUAAGCUGGACAAGAACGAAUUCCUGCGCUUCAGGAUUGGUCCAACACUGCUGGGCAGUAAAGUCCGAUUGUUUACUAACUAUCCUAUCAAGGGAGAGUUCUUCAGGGAGACUUUUUACGAAUUGAAGUGGGAGUACAGUUCUGUGAAUGAUUCAACUUCAUAUUUUUCUGAUGUCAAAGUUCUUGUUCCUGGUUCUUAUAUAUUCUACUAUACAACUUCUGGUAAAACGUAUUUAAAAAAAUAUUAAUUACAAAAGUGUGAAAAAGAUAAUA